UGCCGAUCGCAAACCUACCACCCUUUCUUCUGUCGCUCCGAGACCUCUCCAUUGUCUUUCGAUCGCGCCAAUUUCUCCAGACUUCCCUCGAUUCGACCGGUCUCAGAUUUUGAUCGACCUACUGUUCGAGAAACACACUGCCCGGGGGUUUUAGGUGUCAGCGGUCUGAUAGGUGGAUGCCGCACGCUUCCGCAGGCAGCUAAUGGGCUAGUUCUCCGCUGUCUGGGAGUUAUACGAGAAAAUGGGUUCGUGUAUGAGCUCUGAGGCGACCGGAGAUGUUGAACAGAAGCGGAGGAGCCAGGCUAUCGAUCGCAAAUUGGAGGAAGACUCGAGACGACUACGGCGAGAAUGCAAGAUCCUACUACUCGGCUCCGGAGAAAGCGGGAAGUCGACAAUCGUGAAGCAAAUGAAGAUCAUCCAUCAGAAUGGCUACACGGUCGAAGAGUUGUCAUUAUAUCGUCUGACCGUAUACAAGAACCUCCUUGAUUGCGCCAAAUCGCUCAUUGCCGCUUAUCAUCAGUUCUCUCUCGAACCUUCGAGUCAGAAAGUUCGCGAUUACAUCCAGUACAUCCUCGAAUACAAUAUCAACCCCGAUCCCAAUGUGCCGCUCGACAGUAAGGUUGGGGAUGCGAUCACUUACCUCUGGAAUGACCCCUGUACGUCGACGGUCUUAGAACACCAGAACGAAUUCUACCUGAUGGAUUCCGCGCCCUAUUUUUUCGAGGAAGCCAAACGAAUAUCAGCCCCAGAUUACAUUCCCAGUGUGAACGAUGUGCUUCGCGCGCGAACAAAAACUACUGGUAUCUACGAGACUCGCUUUACGAUGGGCCAACUUAGCAUACACAUGUUCGACGUGGGCGGCCAGCGCAGUGAGCGCAAGAAGUGGAUUCACUGUUUCGAAAAUGUAACGUCCAUCAUUUUCUGUGUGGCGCUCAGCGAAUAUGACCAAGUCCUUUUAGAGGAAAGCAAUCAGAAUCGGAUGAUGGAGAGCUUGGUACUUUUUGACUCCGUUGUCAACUCUCGGUGGUUCAUGCGGACGAGUAUCAUCCUUUUUUUAAAUAAGGUCGACCUUUUCCGACAAAAGCUCCCUCGGUCGCCGUUAAACAAUUACUUCCCUGAUUACUCGGGCGGCAAUGACGUAAAUCGAGCGGCCAAGUAUCUUCUGUGGAGAUUCAAUCAAGUCAAUCGGGCGCAUUUGAAUCUCUACCCUCAUCUUACUCAAGCUACCGAUACAACCAACAUCCGAUUAGUCUUCGCUGCCGUGAAAGAGACGAUAUUACAAAACGCCCUUAAAGAUUCCGGCAUCCUUUAGAGUGGGGAGCUACUCGGCUAUUAGAAGUAUUACUGGCUAUGCUGCCAGUGAGAAAUCUGGCGUUUGUCAACUGGUUGAUUAGAUCUUCCCACUGUGAUCCUCCAACCUUUUCCUAUGUCCCACCUGAGGGAACUCAUUUACUGCCAUGGCCUCUGUGCCGAGUUGUCCAGGGC